CUCAAGUCUCAGUACACGGUGUCCGCUUACUUGAUGACACGCAGGACGUCCAUACGCGGUUAAGCGUUACCCGCUAAUUUUAAAGAGGGAAAGAAGAAGCGGCUAUGCUUAGCUGAAGCAACUCAUGCGGUGGCAAGACUGUGAAACACAUCGGGCUGUUUCAUUUAUUCCAACGGUCACAAAAAAGGUUUCCCAAAUGGAUGAGGUGGAAUGCCUGGCGCUGAAAGACCUCACCAGUCUGGGGAAAAGUAUCUCAGCAGAGCCUAAAGGAGACGGGAGCCGAGGUGAACAAAAGGAAAAUGUGUGGCUAGAGAGGAGAAGGUCCACCCCGCUGAAGCCGACGGAGUCCGGCAUGCCUGUUUUCCUCGUGAACAGGAAGAGCCCGACCUCCGACCUGGCCCACAUCACUCCCAUCAAGCGUGCGGUCCUGGCGGAGCCGUGGUCGCCCACAGCCAACCUGAAGGUGCUCAUCAGCGCGGCCAGCCCGGACAUCAGAGACAGGGAGAUGAAGAAGGUGCUGUUCAGACCGAUAGAGAACGACAAAGACAAGGCGGCAGGCUCAGGCCCUCUGGUGGAGGAGGCAGAGGUGGAAGACUCUGCUCAGUUUGAAGGGGCUUUUGAUGAGGAAGAUGUGGAGAAGAAGCCGAGCAGGAAGGAGAAGAGCCUGGGUCUGCUUUGCCAGAAGUUCCUGGCCCUCUACCCUGAUUACCCACCAGCCCACAGCCCCAUAUGGAUCUCUCUGGAUGAGGUCGCAACCAAUCUGGGAGUGGAGCGCCGGCGGAUCUACGACAUCGUCAACGUGCUGGAGUCUCUGACGAUCGUGGGCCGGAUGGCCAAGAACAGCUACACCUGGUACGGCCGACAGCGGCUGUGGUCCACGCUGGAGGAGCUGCAGCGGAGGGGCCGGGAGCAGGGUUACCACCUCCAGAUGGAUCUGCCCGCCGAGGCUAGGCGGUCCGGACAGGGUCGGGAGGAAGACGGAGGGGAGGGAGACUCAGGCAAUGCUGGGAGCAACAGAAAGGACAAAUCUCUGCGCAUCAUGAGCCAGAAGUUCGUCAUGCUUUUCCUGGUGUCCAAAACCCAAACCGUUACUCUGGAUGCAGCAGCCAAGGUCCUCAUCGAGGAGAGCCAGGACUCCUCGAGCCACAGCAAGUACAAAACUAAGGUACGGCGUCUGUAUGACAUUGCCAAUGUGCUGACCAGCCUGGAACUCAUCAGGAAGGUUCACGUGAGAGAGGAAAGAGCCAGAAAGCCGGCCUUCAAGUGGCUGGGCCCAGUGAAAUUCACCGGCUCUGGAAACAUGGGGAACCCCUUGGACGCAGUUCAGAGUGAAGCAGCAGGGAGCGAGGACUUCAGGAAAGCAAAGCUGGCCCGUCAUUCCUCCUUCAGCAUCGCGCCUGCUACAGUCGGCGUGCAGCGGCAGGUCAGCUCUGCGCCCAGCAGCCCCCGCCGCCACCCAACAGGGUUCCAGAAUGAGUCUUUGGAUUACACCAGAAACAUGAUGAGCAACGGCCCGGUGUAUCAGCUGCAGUGUGGAGGCAGCACAGACAGUCGCCUCGGUGUGCCGCUGUACGCCCAGCUCGCACAGAGCAGCAGCUGCUCCCUGCCCCCGGCCUCCGCUCACCCCACUGUUCUGGCCGCGCAGCCCCACCCUGAGCACCUCCUCAUCCCUCACCCCCACUGCUUGGCCUACCUGCCCAGCCUCUCCCAGCCCUCUGUUGUCAUGCUGUACAAGGCGCCGGAGCGGCAGCCGCAGGCCCCUGAAGGCCAGAGGUCAGCCAAGACGGAGUCCGAGGAAGAGGGGAGACGGAGGAGGAAGGACAGUGGCCAGGAAGAGGGAGUGCUGAAAAAGAAAAGCAAGUCUGGUUUAGAGGAGGCUGAGAUGGUUGGAGCUCAGUUUCGGAGAGAAGCAGGGGUAGGUGCAGAGAUGGGCAACGCUGCUGCCGCACCAUGUCCCUCUGGCCAGCAGGGGGCUACAGAGAGCCACCCUGGCAACAGCAACGGGGAGCCGUCACACUACCUAUAUGUCCCCAACAGUGCAGGAUUAAACAACUUCAACUUCAUUAUCCCAGCUGGAAAUCCUCCAGCCAGCCUGUCGCUCCCUCCAAGCGGUGUGCCCGCCAUGACUCUACCAUACGUCCUGCUGCCGUCUGCCGCCCUCUCCCACUACCCGCUGGUGGCUGGCAGCGUGCCGCGCCAUCAAGGCCCUGACAAUCCCACCGCUUUGAGUUUCAGCCUGCCCGCCAUGAUGUCACCGGCCACCUUUAUGGUGGAGACGGCGCCUCGGAGCGCAACGGAGGCAUCAGAAAUUAGCGGGCGUCACCUUCCCUCACCGGUCACCCCCGAACAGGGCAGGCCCCGCUCUCCCUCAGGGCCCAGGCAGAACGUCAGCAUUAACACACCAGAACCUUCGACUCCACAUACUCCAAAGGAACCUGCAGCUUCCUCCUCUAAAGCCUUCUUCCGGACGCCGGGAUCUCUGGGAAGUGUAGUGAGCGCUGUGCCCGCCGCUCGAAAGAGAGGCUCGGCACAGAGGAGACUGGACAUCGGCCACCCUGCAGCUCCUUGAUCGGAUGCCAGUUUGCAUUUAACACGCCGUUUUAACUGUGGAAAUCAUUCAGCGAAAGCUUUUGGUGCUUGAAUCUCCUGGAAGGAAGGGAGAGCAAAUGUUUUAGCAAAAAGACUGAUGUUUUAAUCUUUUUGUUGCUGUGUAUCACUUUGAAGAUGUUGACAUCAGCAUAUCAAAUAGAUUCCAGGACAUUUCACAGAAAGUUAGUCACAGUAUUGCCAAUGUACCGGUGCCCUCUUGUGGUGGAGGUCAGUAACUGCUCUAUUUGUUUUCCAUUUUCAUUUCAGCCUUAAUUGUCCCUCCCAGAUCUGAUCAAGCUACCUAAUUCCUCUUAUUUUAAUUAUUAAAACCCAAUUACUAUUUAUACUUUAGCUAAUAUAUGUUGAUUACAAGAGCUGUAAUGCAACGUUUAGCUUUUUUGUAGCACUAAACACAAUAUGCAUCUAAUUUUGAGGAGAUCUUUAGCUGGCCCCAUCAUAUUUUGUUACAUGAUGAAGGUGUAAUAGGAAAUCUGCUCUCGGUUAGUGGUAGGAAAGUCCUUCUCAGGUUUGUGAGGAAGGUGGGGGAAAAAAAUCACUAAAGCCCUACAUGUUUACAGCCUUUCAAGUAUCUGAACUGUUUUAUUUCCCUCUUCAGGGGGAAAAUGUUACUUAGUUUAUUUCCAGUGUUUCAGGGUAAAACGCUAAAGCCCAGCACUGAUACUUUAGAGUAAAUGUGACAAUGCUCUCGGAUACUUGAAUACUAGUACAAAAUAGAAUCUAUUUAUAUCAGAGUACUGUAAAAUAUGUACAGGGAAAUGGAUCUUAUGUGCUUUUAUCUUUUUAGCAUGGGUAUUCAGCGACACAGGAGAUUCCUGCGUUGGAUGUGAGCCUUCAAGUGCAUGGCUGAGAUAAAAAUGUCAACUUUAAACACUUUGUUUAAGGUGGAUCUGGAGAGCAAUCCUGCUGCCAGACAAGCCUACAGAAAUCCUGGUGCUUCUUACCAGACUUAUUCAGGAGACGUUAACGAAGGCGGCCCUCUCCCAGUGGCCUUCCCUUUAUAGGUUCCUGUCCGUUAUUAUAAUUCCUAGAUUCCUACUUAGUGUUCAUGUGCAGAAUCUGGGUUUCUGUCUGGCUCUUCUUUCACUGUAGCUCUGCUCUGUCUAGUUCUGGGCCCGUACGGGUGUCCUUCAAUGGGUUUCACAAAUUUCUGUUUAAUAAAAUGCAUAAAGUUUCUUUUUUUUUU